AUGGAGUUUACGAGUUUAAUUGUUCCUCUCACAACGAAUAUGUGUCGAACAUGUCUAGUAGAAUAUGAUUCUAAUGAUGCCACCAUGUUUAUGAAUAUACAAGACCUCAUUGAACAUGAAAAUAUUAAAAUAAAGUUAAUAGAUAUAUUAGUAUUCCUUCAUUGCUUAGAGCAUAAUGAUGAAGAAAAUUGGCCACAAGGUAUUUGUGCAUCAUGUGUUACAACAGUUAUAAUGGCUUAUAAUUUUAAACUUAAUUGUUUAAAAGCCAAUGCUACAUUGACACAAAUUCUGACAAUACAACCACUGAAUCCUCAAAGUUCAGACUUGGACAACAUUGACAUAAAUGUUGUCUAUCAAGAUCAUGAGUAUGGGCUUCCAUUUUUUAGUAGUCAGUCAAUUUUGGAUUUUGAAUCCACUACACCACCCAACAAAGAACUUACUCCUUUACCACCGGUCACCGAAAUAACAUCAACUGAACAUCCACCAAGAAAAGUGGGUGAAAAGAAAUAUGUAUGUUCAUUUUGUAAUAGGUCCUUCACAAGGAUAUAUAGUCUAAGGUAUCACAUGGCAAAGCAUAGCAAUUUCUGCAAAUAUCUGUGUUCCAAGUGUGGAAAGAGUUUUUUUACCAAUAAUGGACUUAAUCAACAUCUCAUUUCCCAUAAGGAUCCUCAAUUCAAAUGUGGAUUUUGUAAUAAAACAUAUAAAACAAGGCAGUCGUUAAAGGAGCAUUUCCGAUUGGCACACUCAAGCAAUCGCUAUCAGUUUGUUUGUGUUACAUGUGGAAAGAGGUUUACAGUCAAAUCCACUCUUAUGAAGCAUGCAAAGACCCAUGAUGGGCAGAAACAAUUUGCAUGUACUCUAUGCCCUAAAACAUAUACAAGGGCUUCAUAUCUGCGGGUUCACAAUUUAGUCCAUACUGGAAAGCCAAAACCGAGACCUUUUCAAUGUACCCACAAUGGUUGUAGUCGAAAUUUUGCUACCAAGCAUUCUUUAUUAGUGCAUAUAGCUCACAGUCAUUCUAAUGAACGACCGCACAAAUGUGAUAUUUGUUCAAAGACAUUUGCGACAAUGUCUGGUUUGAAAGUGCAUAAGGAAUCACAUACCACAAGUCAAGUGACCUGUACAAUUUGCAGUAAAAAGUUAUCCAACAAGAGAGUGUUACAAAAACACAUGAAAAUUCAUGUAACAUCUGCAUAG